AUGGCGGAGCUUGAGCAAGUGUUGCUGAAACUUCUCGUCCCUGAUAACGCCGUUAUCAAACAGGCGACUGCAGAGCUUCGGGAGGCCUUCAAAAACCCAGCUGUUGUACAAUCGCUUAUYACAGUCUUGAGUUCCUCKGACAAUCAGCAGGUUCGUCAGUAUGCAGCUGUCCUACUUAGAMGACGAGUUGUCAAACAAUGGACAAAGCUCACCCCUGAAAUGCAUGCAAUGCUCAAGCAAUCAUUGCUUCAARUAUUAAUUCAAGAACCCAUUCAACUUGUACGACAUGCUGCUGGACAGGUUGUGAGUGUUAUUGCCAAGUUUGAGGUCCCUGUUGGRCAGUGGCCUGAGCUCUUGCAGUUUUUACAGGAAUACAUCAARAGUAAACAACCAGAACAAAGAGAAAUGGGGAUGUUUGUCUUGAGCUCAGUAACAGAUUCAGUAGGAGAACAGCUUAAACCUCAAUAUCCUGCCUUGCUUGCACUAUUCAGCUCAACACUAGAAGACCAAGAAAGUAGAAUGGUUCCAUUUUACACCAUUAGAGCUUUGAUGCCGAUGGUUGAAUACAUAGGCACAGAUGAAGUGGCUGCAAUGAGACCUCUUAUACCAAAAAUAAUGAAUGUUGUUGAAGCUUUUCUUGUUAUUGAUGAGGACAAAGCAUGUGAAGCUAUGGAGAUCUUUGAUGAGCUAGUGGAGUCUGAAGUCAGUAUUGUYACACCUCACCUUGUUCCUCUCAUGGAGUUUUGCUUAAAGUUAGCAAUGAAUGCCAAUUAUAGCCACAGCUCAMGAACCAAGGCAUUGUACUUUAUCAGCUGGUUAGCUCGUAUUAAGCCCAAGGCUUUGAUCAAGAACAAGCUGAUUGCUCCAACCUUGGCAGUCAUUUUCCCAAUCAUGGCUUCUCCUCCAAACGAGGARGAAAUCGAAGACUUGGAGGAUGAUGACCUUGAAGAUGGCAUUGAAGCAAGUCGACCAUGUGCUGUAGCUUCACAGGUUCUUGACAACCUUGCCUUACACCUUCCUCCAGAAGCACUUAUUCCUCCUCUGAUGCAAUUCAUAGAUCCAGCMCUAGGAAGUGCUAAUCCAUAUGAAAGAAAAGCAGCUCUGAUAGCAUUGGCAGUUCUUGCUGAAGGUUGUGCAGAUUAUAUUAGAAACAGAUAUUUAGAAGCAGCUCUGCAAACAGUCUGUCAAGGUCUCCAAGAUGGCCACCAUGUUGUUCAAAAUGCAUCKCUCUUUGCUCUUGGACAGUUUUCAGAACAUUURCAGGUACUAGAUAUUAACUAUAAUUGUCAUAAUUUUUGUAAAGGGUUGUAUAUGACAGACAUCCUUAGUACUUGAUGUUUAACAAGAGAUUUAUUUCUUUUUCAGCCUGAUAUCAGUUCGUACAGUGAUAAAAUCCUCCCUCUUCUGUUGGAACACCUUGGACACAGUACUGUCASUAAUAAGGACCAGAGCUCCAGUGCAACACGGACAUACUAUGCUUUAGAAUCGUUCUGUGAAAAUUUAGGUGAAGGCAUUUUGCCAUAUUUACCAACACUUCUAGAGAAAUUAUUACUUGUCCUGUCAACUUCACCGUAUACACAUUUGAAAGAACUUGCGAUGAGUGGUAUUGGAGCUGCAGCAAAUGCAGCCAAAGAAAAYAUUGUCCCAUACUUCACUCAAAUUGUAGAACUUAUUAAGGUACAUUUAACAAAUCCUGGUACAUUAGAAGGAAACAUGCUACAGGUGCAAGCUAUAGAUACGCUGGGUGUAUUAGCAAGAACUGUUGGACCUCAAACCUUUCUUCCUUUAGCUCAGGAAUGUGUAAGACUUGGAUUGGUAUGUGUUAUCUACCAUGCUUUGCAGUUAGUAUAUGAAAAGGCCAAACGUUUUGAUGCUAAUGUUUUGAUAAAGAAACAUAAAACGUUUUUUUCCUCGCUGCAGUCUACGGAGGGGAUAGUGACGCACUAUGCUACUGAUGACGAUCCAUCAUUCUUAUUGGAAGACGAAGAAUUAGAUGAAGAAGUCGAAGGCGAUGAUGAAGACAUUACAGGGUACAGUGUUGAAAAUUCCUACCUUGAAGAGAAAGAGGAYACGUGUAAUGCCAUGGGUGAACUAGCAGAGAAUACUGGAAUCGAGUUUUUGCGGUACCUGGAGGGAGCGUCCAAGGAAGUAUUACGACUUGUUCAGUUUCCUCAUAUUGGAGUACGUAAAGGUGCCGUCACAGCUUUGUCUCAGUUUUGCUGUUCUCUUAACAAGGUGCUCCAGGAUACUAGUCAACAAGACGGAAUUGCGUUACAAGGUCURGUUACAACCACCGUUACUGUAUACAUUACYGUCAUYGCCAAGGAUAAGGACAGGACGGUCGUCAUGGCGACGCUACAAGCUCUAAACGAAAUGUUGAAAAAUCUGAAAAUGGCAGCGGUUUGCGGUGAGGGUCACGUGGAUGGCAUUGUUAGUGCUGUUCGGGCUAUUUUUCUUCAACAGACUGGCUGCCAGGAAAAUGAAGAAGAAGCGUUCGAUGUAGAUGAUGACCAACAAGCUGAGUUUGACGCCAUGUUGGUCGAGUACGCAGGUGAUUGUCUUCCAUCCUUAGCGUCCGCCAUUGGAGGACAGUCGUUUGCUCCAUUCUUUGCUGGUUUAAUGCCUCUGCUGCUUAAGAAAGCGCGCAAGUCUUCGCCGACGUCCGACAAAUCGUUUGCGAUUGGUACGAUAUCAGAGAUAAUUYUMGCCAUCGGRCARGCKACKGUCCCCUUUGUUCAACACUUGUAUCCAGUCCUGUUUGGAGCUCUCAAAGACUCGGACGAGGAAGUCCGAAGUAAUGCUACCUAUGGACUGGGUCUACUUGCCAUGAAUGGUGGUGAUGUGAUGGUGCCUAAUUACCCAGCAGUCUUAGAGGCCUURUUUUCCAUGCUGUCRGYACAGCCACCAGGCCGCACGGUCGAUAACAUCUGUGGUGCUGUGWGCCGCAUGAUAAUGACCAACCGGUCAGCAGUGCCUCUAGAAGAGGUAUUUCCAAUCUUAGUACAAUGCCUCCCACUUAAGGAGGACUUUGAAGAAAACCCACCGGUCUAUUCGUGCAUCAUAGAAUUGUUCAGCGACCAGCAUCCUCAGGUUAUGCAAAAUCUUGGUAAUAUCCUUGGUGCUUUUGCCAAGGUUCUUCCAUCGACAGAUUUGCAAGAAGAAGUCCGCGUUGGACUGGUGAAUAUGGUGAAGAGUGUUCGUCAGCAGUAUCCCCAAGACUUUCAAACUUUAUUACAAUCACUGCCUCAAGAGCAUGCGCAAAUUUUGUUAACCGCUACCCAGGCACCCAGCUAACGACACGAGUAUAAUCUAAAAUUGAAGAUACGCCACGUCGAACAAAAUAAGGCCUUCCGUGAAGUAACAAAAUGAGAAACCCUCACCCCUAACUAAAAUAUUCCUAAUAGGGGUACAGUGAUGACAAAAUAUAAAUAUUUGUCGAAGCUUCCCUGGUUUUGUUGUCUAACAAGUUUCAGCUUUAUACAAAAUACAAAAGACACUCGAGUAUUUGCUUGUCAAAUUCUAGGAGAACAGCGUGCAUAUUUUACUGACUGCAUAGCCUAACCACCUUACCGCACAUUAAAUAGUCACAGUCCUUAUAUGGUCAAUGAAACAGCCAAUCAUAGAUAGAUAUUUUUACUGAAUCAGGAUUUAGUCUGUUUCAAGAACGAUAUAAUAAAAUACGUGAAAAUAAACUUUUUUUCGUUUGUUUGUUUUCCCGGAAACGGAAAAUUUGCUUUUUGAGCAAAACUUGGCUCGUUUUUCUUCGUUUAGGAAAAAAGCCGAAGUGAUAGACUAACGAGGUCAACAGGCGGUGUGCCUACUGAAAAAUCCGCUGAAACUACUGCUUUUUUAAGUAAUUUUAUGCGAGAAGUGGCGCAUUUUCGGUGCAAUUCUUUCCCUUCCAGUUUUUGUUUGUGAAUUAUUCAUUCAUUCAUAGCUUUAUUUAAAGAAUGGUUACAGCACAUGCAGUUGCCGUACGAAUGGCGACGGUGAUCAAAAGGAAAUAUUUGAAUAGAUAUAAAAUUGAUAAUACAGAAAUGGGGCUGUGGAAAAUGGAGUUUCAUUCACGAUGUUGCUGCUUUAGUUGUUUUUCAGAGUAAUUCCCAUUCAGAUUUGAGUUAAUUAUAUUAAUAUGAAUAGAGCAUAUUUCCAUCAUUAUAUUUUGGGCUCUACACCAAAUCCACCUAAUCCCCUUCCCCGCUUUUCUUCCCGGGAACACCCUUGUAUUGUUCGAUAUACUAGUAAGUGUACCUUGACCAUGUAAGAAAACCACUCUGUAGCUGUCCGACCAGAUAGUCCACUAUCGAUAUUCUGGAUAAUUCUUUUGUUUCCUCUGAGCCUCGUCUUCAAUUCUUUUGUACAUGACCAUUCAACCAGAAUAUUGAAAGUUGGGUAUUCAGAUUGUCUUCCUUAAAGAGACACUACAUCGUUCUCUGAUUGAAGGGUCGCAUGUAUGGAUCCCAGGACGUUUUGGCUCUAUUCCCAAUGAACGUAAAAUUGAAGAGCUAAUGGACGAUCUAGUAUAAUCAAUUUCAAUGUUGUGCUGUUUUAAUUUUUGUUUCUUUUUUCCUAAGUUGUUGUUUUUUCUUGGCAAAGGAUCAUCAUCACGCGUGCUUGCAGGGUAGUUUUUGAGCA